AUGACCACCAUGGCUACUGCCCCCGCCGCUCCGACUCUGCUCCCCGCCGCUCCGCUCGGACACCUCCCGGCGCCGAGCUCCGUCUCUCCGGCCACCAACUCCCCCCCGCCCGCGGCCACUUCGGCCGCUUCGUCCCCGGCUCCUCCGGGGUCGCACCCGGCGCCGCCGCUCCUCCAGCACCACCACCACCACCCCCACCACCACCAGUUCCGGCCGGACCUCCUGCUGCUGCCCAACGGGAGCCCGCCGAAGAGCGGGCCGGCCCCGGCGGGCUCUGGCGGCCCCGGUGGCCCCGGCUCCGGCUCCGCCAAGCCGGUGUACGCCACCGCGUCGCCCGUGGAGAGCACGCCGCAGAACAACGAGUGCAAGCUGGUGGAGGUGAAGGGGGCCAAGCUGGCCUCGUUCACGGUCAGAGACACCGAGCUCAUCUGCCUGCCCCAGGCUUUCGACGUGUUUCUCAAGCACCUGGUCGGCGGGCUGCACACCGUCUACACCAAGCUGAAACGGCUGGACAUUACCCCGGUGGUGUGCAACGUGGAGCAGGGAGGUCAAAUUUGCUGUACAGCAGCCUUCCUGGAACUGGUCAGGUUUCAUUCGAGGCCCGGACGACCGCCCAAGAGGCUGCAGAGUGUGACAGAGGGCGGGACUCACCACAUGCUGUCUCACACCGGUCUGAUGCAUGCUGGGAUCAUGCCUCCUGCAGAUCUCUCUGCCCUGGCCAAAAAGAUCAAGUUGGAGGCGAUGGCCAGUUACCACAGCAACCAGCAACAUGGCGGACCAAACGGAGAGAAUGGUGACCACAACCCCGGACUGGUUCUGGAUCAGUUGCCGUUCAUGAUGAUGUCACAUCCUCUGAUACCUGCCAGCCUGGCGCCGGCUUCCGUUUCCAUGGCGAUGGGCCAGAUGAACCGACUGAGCACGCUUGCCAGCAUGGCCAACGUGGCGCAGCUCCAUGCCAACCCCCCUGCCAGGGCUCCCACCUCAGUCAUUAAGGAGCGAGUGCUGGACAGCCCUUCUCCUUCCCCCUCCAUGGAGGAGGCUCAGAUGUCGUCCAAUCACAGCAGCAGUGUAUCAAGUUCACCGUCGCACACAGAACGCACGGCAGAAACCACACAUUCACACAUUGACGGCCUGUCUUCGAGUCACAGUGUGUUGGGACACUCACCAGGGAGAGUGCAAGGAGCCAGAGAGGCAAAUGUGACUUCGUUGGAGUAUAAUAAGGAGAACAAAAGGAACCACACUGACAGGGAUAACAGCUCCUUGGCUGCUCAGACAACCAGGGAGAGCUGUGAUAGACAAGUCUACCAGAAACCCCCAUCAGGCAGAGAGAGUUGCGAGAGGAUAUCUUACCCUGCAGGACAGAAGCUCCCAGCAUGUCUCCACCACGCUCCCUUCAUUUUCCCGGAAGGCUUGUCCUCCAUAGAGACCCUGCUCACGAACAUCCAGCAGGGUCUGCUGAGGGUUGCCAUCGAGAAUGCCCGGGCACAGGAGAAGCAGGACCAGCUAGAGAGGACGGAGCUGAAGAUGGAACUCGUCCGAGAGCGGGAGCUCCGAGAGACUUUGGAGAGGCAGCUUAGCAUGGAGCAAAAAAACAGAGUUUUGAUCCAGAAGCGCCUGAAGAAAGAAAAGAGGAGUAAGAGGAGACUUCAGGAGGCCUUGGAGGAGGAGGUCAAACUCCGCGAUCAGGCAGAGCACAGCCUGCUCCACUCUGCCAACACACACAUAGGCCAUCAGUCAUCGGCGGCCCCUCCCCACACAGAUUCUGUGACCCAAGAGGUGGAUGGGACCAACGACGAUGACAACCGGCUGGACACCAAGGCGACAGUACAAGAGGGCAGAGCUUUCCUGCAAACUACCAGGAUGUACUAAGUUUGAGAUUGAAGAGCGGAUGAAUGGAUGGAUGGAUGUAAGAACAGAAUGAUUCGGAUUCUUCAUUUAUGACUAAACAAUUGACAGGCAUGCGUAAUCCUGCAGAGACGUAAAUCCCCACCUCCCCCACAUCUCCUGGGUGACAUCUGAACUUUCUCAUUGCUCUCUUGUUUAAUUUAUUGCAUUUAUCAACGAAUCUCAGCUGUAGUGGGAAGAGUACUUUAUUCUGAUGUUGUGUUUGACUGUGUUUAUUUCAAUCAAGGUUUUUAGAUCCUAGAUGAAGAUGAUCAUAGCUGUUUUUUUUUGUCAGUGCUGUUUAUUUGGACACAAGUGAUGAAUAUAACUUGUAACAGAGUUGUGUACAUAUAUAUAGUCAUCAUUUUUAUUAUUAUUAUUAUAAAAAAUAAUGGCAUGUUGUAAAUUACUUGUAUUGUGUAUGUUAUGCAGUAGUGC